CGACAACAUUUUUUUUUCGCCCGUAUAUUUUGCUUCAGGUUUUUUUUUCAUCCAAUUUCAUUAUUAUGUUCAUGUGUAUGAAUGUGUAGACCAGUCAAUUUUCCAUUUUUUUUGUUGUUGUUGUGUUGUUGCUUGAAAUGAUUGGUGUUGUAUAUUCGAUUUAUUUAUUCGACAUAUAUUGAUUCUAUAAUAAAUUGCCAUGCCCGAAAACAUUGUUGUUCAAAAAAAAAUCAAACCUUUAUUUCAAUGGAGAAAAAGAAAUUUCAACAAAAAAUCAAAAUCAAAAUCAAUAAUAUCUAUCCAUCCAUCAAUGAUUAAUCAAUCAAUGAAAAUCGAGCUUCGUAGUAGAAGAAUCGAAUUGUAAAACUAUACAUAUCGAAAUAUAGGUGAUUUAUAAUAAUUUCAAAUGUUUAAUGAUUUUAUAUCAUCAUCUGAAGAAUAUCACCAUCAUCAUCAGACAACUACAACAAUAUGGCAAUCAUCAUCAUCAUCAUCAUCACCGGAUAAUUCCAUUAUCAAUGAUCCAUUAUUUAAUCUAAUUCUCAAAAAUAUUGGACAUAAUCGACAACAACAACAACAACAAAAUGAUACAAAUGGUCAAUCGAAUGAAAUAUCAUCAUCAUUUUAUAAUGUUGAUGUUACAUCUAUGAUGAAUGACAAUGAUGAUGAUGAUGAUGAUCAAACAAUGAACAUUGCAAUAUUGAUUACACUUUCAGUUAUAUUAGUCUGUUUGAUAUUGGCUACAAUAAUAGGAAAUGUAUUUGUCAUAUCUGCCGUAAUAUUGGAACGAUCAUUACGUUCUGUGGGAAAUUAUCUAGUCGUUUCAUUGGCCAUUACAGAUUUAUUGGUCGCAUGUCUUGUUAUGCCAAUUGGUGCCAUUUAUGAGGUGACCGGUGAAUGGCGUAUGGGCAUUAAAUUAUGUGAAUUAUGGACAUUUAUCGAUGUACUUUGCUGUACAACAAGUAUAUUCCAUUUAUUGGCAAUUUCAUGUGAUCGUUUAUGGGCCGUUACAACCGUUGAUUAUAUACAUCGACGUAAAGCAAAACAUGUUUGUGCUGGCAUCACAAUUAUUUGGCUAUUCUCUGCACUAAUAUCAUUUGGUCCAAUGCUUGGUUGGAAAGAUAAUGAAUUUGAACAAAGAAUUGUUGAACGUAAAGAAUGUAUGAUUUCGCAGGAUAUUUCAUAUCAAAUAUUUGCCACAAUAUCAUCAUUUUAUGCUCCAUCAAUUUUAUUAUUAUUACAAUAUUAUAGAAUAUAUCAAGUGGCUAAAGCACGUUUAAAAUUAAAAAAACAACGCUAUCAACAUCGUAUACGGAGACGACCAUCAUUUUAUCGUACACGUAAAGAAUCUGAAUUGAAAGAAUUUCCACGUGUCACACAUCGGAUAUCGAUAAAUGCGAAUGAAGAAUUUUUUAGUACAUCGACUGCCAUCAUAAAUCAACCACCACCAUCAUCAUCCAUAUCAACGGGUGUUUAUUCAUCAUCAACAACAACAAAUACAGAUUAUACAACCAAUACAACAACGACAAAUACGACAACCAAUACAACAUCAUUAUCAAAUGAUCGUACAUCAUCAAUUAUUUCGAUUAGUCCACCGGUUUUCGCUACACUUAAACCACCACCACCACCACCACUACCACAAACACCGGAACCGAAUCCAAUUGUAUCGACAUCAAAACGUUUUUCUAUCGUACAAUUUUUUCAUCCACAACCUGUCGAACAACAAUUCGAUGAUGAUGAUGGUUACGAAGAAGACGAUGAAAUUAAUGAUAAUGAAAGAACAUCGAAUAUUAUCGUUUAUGUUGAUGAUUAUGGUUCAACAAUAUGUAGUAGCUGUGAUCCAACAGAAAAUUGUAGCAGUGGUGGUGGUGGUAAUGAAUUACGAAAAAUCAGUGUUCAUUUACAUCAUCAUCAUCGACAUAAACAUUCAACAUCGAAAAAACAUAAACGACGAAGAAUUAAAAAAUUGAAAUUUAAAAAUAAAAUUCUUCGUUUCGAUAACAACAACAAUAAUAAUAAUAAUGCUGCUGGUGGUGGUGGUAAUAACCAACAACAGAAUCAACAAGAAAGUAAAGCUGCUAAAACAUUGACAAUAAUAACUGGUGUAUUCAUAAUUUGUUGGCUACCAUUUUUUGUUAUCGCAUUAGUAAUGCCAUUAUGUGGUAAUAAUUGUUAUAUAAAUAAAUAUCUAUUCGAUUUUUUCAUCUGGCUUGGUUGGGCAAAUUCAACAUUGAAUCCAUUUCUAUAUACAAUCUUCAGUCCAGAUUUUCGAAAUGCAUUCAAAAAACUUUCAAAACGAAUCAAAGGAUAAAC